AAAAGAAAAGAAAAGAAAAAAGAAAAGGAAAAGGAAAAAGAAAAAGGAAGAAGCAGAAGAAAAGAAGAAGAAAAAAAAGAAAACAAAAACUAA